UAGUCGGUUUCUUGUAAAAUGUAACUCGAAUUGAAUCAACGAGUCGACGGUGAUGAUGGGGUUUACGAUAUUUUUUUCUCACCCUAAAGCAAACGUCAAGGGGUGCGUCUCAUAAUCCGAUAGGCGAGUGUUUAUGAUCAGAUCGGAUGUGUAUAAUCAGAAUCCGAUUAGCUGUAAAGCGCUUUGUCUUGCCACCGCCGCAAAAUUUCGGGGUACGUCUUUUAACAUGGAGACUACGGUGAUUGAGCGAGGGGGGGGAGGGCUCUUAGACUUAUAUUGCUGAGAAAUUGCUGUGGUCUAACAUUGAGUCAUUUGUCUGAAGCAACUUUUAUUUACUGGAAUAUAUUUUAAUAAAUAAUUUAAUGUAUCCUCUUUUCGAAUUUCUUUAUGAAACGCGCUUGUGCUAAUUGUUUAUUUUCUUCUUCUAAUUUUGGUACCCCAUGUGACUAAUCUGACCUCUUGAGGUUCUCACUUUUGGGCUAAAUAAAAUUAACUUAAAACUCCAGUUACUGUGCUGCAAUCGAUCCACGGCUCAAGGGAAUCGUGUUGUCAGUAAUCGACUAUUCGAUUCUCCCCCCGUUGCCCAGGGGCGGAAGUGAGUCACGGUCACGUGAUGCGAUCGCUGCCACGAGGAACUCUGGGAGGAGCAACAUGGCCGCGAGGGGGAGAGCGAAUAUGAUCCUUUCUUCAGUACCCUUGCAAUUUUUACUCUUUUUGAAUGGCUGGUAUCUUGGCUUUUUUUUCAUCGCAGAGGCAUUGAUUUUUAUUUACAAAGGUCAAGUGCUGCCCUACCCCUCUUCCAACCUGGCCCUCGACAUCAUCCUGCUCUUUGUGCUCACACUUAUCGAGAUUUUCCGCAUCUUCUUCUGCAGCAAGGGGAACUUGACGGAGCGGAAUGUUCCUCUGAGCGUGGGCGUGGGGCUCACAGUGCCCGCCGUGGUGCUCUCCGUCUACCUGCUGCUGUUGCAGACGUACGUUCUGCGCGUCGAGGUCAUCAUCAACGGAAUCCUCCUCGCGCUGCACGGGCCAACACACUCGGCUGAAUGGAAGAAAACAAAAAUCCUGCAUCCCAGCCAUGCUGACAGUUGGAGGUGUCUACUAUGUCUACUGUAAAUCUGUUAAAUAGGGGUGAGCUGUGUACAUAUUAUUCAGUGUUUCAGAGAUUCAAUGAUUGAAGUUAUUUUUACAUCUUCUCUAUUCAUAUGGUGUUUGCCAUGCUGGUGUGCAUUUGCAAUGAGUAAACGUGCCAUCUCCACUUGUAAUAAUAAAGCAUAUGUCUAUAUAAUUGUCAGAUUGUUUCCACUAUUACAUAGCUGUGUUAUAAAAAAAAUGAAGCCGAACAUGCAUAUGUUUUUCUACCUGUUUGUUAAUAUUACACGUGUUAAUGUUAAAGGAAGCUAAUUGUUCUCUGGACAUUGUCCAAAAUUAAUUGGUUUGCAGUAAUGUUUAUUUUCCAUGCACGUCCAAGUUUACAAUUCUGGAUAAAUAUAUUAAACAUCCCAAUUUAUAUCGCAAAAUAGCAGUUAAAGGGUGUGUUAUAGUGCACAUAGGAAAUUACAAUUCAUAAUCUCAUGAGCCACCCAGAUUAAUCCCAGUUUUGUUUGUUUAAUCAGUCCAAAGUUGAACUGGUAACAACUUUGGACUUACAUCAGGGCAUCCAUUGGCACCGAUUUGUCAGGCCACCUACAGUAUCGCCGUUUAUAUUGCAUUGAAGAUCGUCCAAGGUUCGGUGUCUAAACAAAUGUCGUUGGGGAAACUGGGAAAAUCCCAGUGUGAGGUUUAAGGUGUCACAUUAAACAAUAUAAACUCUGCACUUUGCAGGGUGUUAAUAAACACUGAAAUCUCCCAGACCAGCGUGUAUAGCUAUGCAUAGCUUCAAAGAAACAGUAUCACUGGAAUUGUCAGAAAAGCUGGCCCAGCUAUUUAAACUAAAUUAGUGGAGUUUUAUACGAACUUAAUACUCAAGAUUAUAAACCUGAAUCAUGGAAGAGGCUCCAUUCUAUAAAAAAUGACGAUAAAACUGAUUAUAAGAAUUAAAUGCAUUACUCGCCUAUCGCACACAUAUGUAUAUAGAUUCUUCACGAACAUCAAAUGGAACGUAAUAAUGGACAAUUUAGAUACCAACCACAUGAGCAGGCAGGAAUUAGAAAAGGAUUUUUCGACCAUUGACCACAGAAAUAGUAUAAAAGAAAAGAUAUUUUUUUAAAUAUAUUACCUGGUUUGGUAGACUAAUCGGUGAAAACAUGUCAUCCGAUCUUUCACAAGUAUUAGACAUUGUCGAAACCAUUUAUGAUUAUGGGACAGCUACGCAGAUUUCCAGAAGAAAACUACAUAUAAAUGAAGCAAGGAGUCGGGCACGGAGAUGCACUUUCGCGAUGACUAUUCACGGUGACAGAAGAUGCUUUCUGAAAAUUCAAAUUGACUAAGGUUAGUGAUGGAAUGGCAGUCGAAGGAGUGAAAACGCCAUAAAGCAAUGUGUAGAUUUGUUGAACUUCUGCACCGUACGUAAGACUAGGAAGUGAUCCAUAUAACUGUUGCAGAUACUGAGAGAGCAGUUUUGCAUUUAGAAAAAUAUUUUAUUGGUACAUUGUUUUGAGCGUCGACUUUGUUCGACGGAUCCAGGGAAGAUUGGGAAUCGCUGCCUUAGAGGAUGAUACGCACUACAAUGACAAUAGUUUGAGAACAGCAAGAUGGAUUGUGUCGCAAAACCGGAAAGGAUGGUCUUCAAGCAGUGGAUUGAGCAUGACUGACGAUGACACUGGCUGUAAUAAACUAACCAACAUUUAAAGUGAUUACUUCAAUAAUUUGAUGAUGCAUUUAGAUCAUAACAUUACCUUAACCUCUGUCUUUAUUGUAGGUUUUACCAACAUUCAGGUUUCGUGACCCUCCACCCGCCGUCUUUCCACGUUUACCAAUUUCUCCAAUACAAAUUAACAAUACACUACGCAAUUAACGCUGCCCGCGUGAAUCGAGCUGAUGCAAAUGAAGAUCGAGAUCUCGGCGUGCGUGCGUGUGCACUUGUUACACACGCGUGUGUGGGCACGUGUUCCAGGUGAAGCAGACGGCGUUCAUUGCUUAGCGCGUCACGUGGGACGUGUUUAACAAUCAUCGGGCGCGUGCAGCGUGCAACGAGUUCCUGUUAUUUGAAUGGAGUAAAUUGAUAAACGCGGAGAGACGUAGGGGG